AACGGUAAUCCUCCAAGAUGGAGGCUGUAGCAAAACACAAGUUUUCUGCAACUGCUCAGGACGAAUUAAGCUUUGAAAAGGACGAUAUAUUGAAGGUUAUAAAUAAAGAAGAAGAUGAAAAUUGGUACAAGGCAGAACUUAAUGGUAAAAGUGGAUUUGUACCAUCAAAUUAUAUUACAAUGAAACCAAAUCCAUGGUAUGUUCCAAAGAUAUCAAGAGAGGAAUCAGAGAAAAGAUUACUUGUAAAAAGUGGUGCCAAUUAUAUACAGCCUGACGGUGCUUUCCUAGUACGGCCGAGUGAAACAUCACCAGGAGACUUUUCUAUAUCUGUCAAAUUUGGCGACAGUGUGCAACAUUAUAAAAUUUUAAGAGACAGAGAGGGUAAAUUCUUCCUGUGGGUUGUCAAAUUUAAUUCAAUAAAUGAGCUUAUAGAAUAUCACAGACAAGCAUCAGUUAGUCGGACACAGACAGUUGUUUUGAAAGAUAUGAUACAUGAACAGCAAGCAAGAAUAGCAAGAGCAUUAUAUGAUUUUGAACCAGGAAAUGCUGAUGAAAUUCGAUUUAAAAAAGGUGAUAAUAUAGAAGUAAUUGGAGAGGAAGAUUGUAAUUGGUGGAAAGGACGAGUAAAUGGACAAGAAGGAAUAUUCCCUGCAGCUUAUGUCAAAAUUAUGUACACUCGGGCGUUUUCGUUAGUGAGAUACGGUACAGACAAGAGAACUACAGAAGGAAAAGAGAAAAUGGAGGCGAAGGCAAAACACGAUUUUACAGCAACAGCAGAUGACGAAUUAACCUUCCGACGUGGUCAAACUCUUAAGAUAUUAAGUUUUGAUGAAGAUCAGAAUUGGUUUAAAGCAGAAUUAGAUGGAGAGACUGGUUUUGUACCACACAACUACAUUGAAAUGAAACCUCACUCGUGGUUUGUGGGUAAAGUGACCAGAUGUCAAGCCGAGGAACGAUUACGGAAGUCAGCAAGUGGUGGGAUUCCUCAACCAGAUGGUGCAUUUAUAGUGAGAAUGAGUGAGAGUGCCCCAGGAGAAUUCUCUAUAUCAGUCAAAUUCAAAGACAGUAUACAACAUUUUAAAGUGUUACGUGAUGGACAAGGCAAAUACUAUUUAUGGUGUGUUAAAUUUAAUUCUGUGAAUGAAAUUAUAGAUUAUCAUCGAACAAACUCUGUAAGUCGAACACAGACAAUCCUGUUACAAGAUUUGGUUAUGGAAAGGACUGCAGUAGCAAUGUAUGACUUUAAACCAGAGGAUCCGUCAGAACUUGGGUUCAGGAAAGGUGACAUUAUCACUGUAUUAGAAUAUGUGGACGAAAACUGGUGGAGUGGAAAAUUAGGUAACAGAGAUGGACUUUUUCCAGCUGCUUAUGUGAAAUAACUGAGGGUGUGUAAUCUCUUUCCAUUGGUGUGCCAUUUAUUGUGUUUAUCAUUUCAUAGGGCCAUUAUGUUGAAAACCAGUAUAUAUAUUUUCUGGUAAAUAAUCAGAUAUUAUCUGGCCUUUAUGAUUUUUAUGCAUGUGAAUUUUUGUAUUGAGUUAUUUAAAGUUUGAAGCUUUAAAGCAUUUACACUCACAACUUAUGAACGAAACCAAAAUGUCUGGUUUUUAGUUCACACUAUUUUUUAAGAUAUCAGAUAUUAUCUGGCCUUUGUGAGUUUUAUCCAUGUGAUUUUUUAUUGCGUUUUUAAAGUUUGAAGCUUUAAUACAUUUACACUCACAACACUUAUGAACAAAACCCAACAGUCUGUGAUUUGAGUUCAAUAUUCUUAUCUUUUAGGUUAUUUUAUAAAUAGCUGAAUUUUAAUGAAGUGAUUUAUAAUAGGUAUUUUUCUACAAGUUU